CAGAGCACCGGUAUGAGCAAGAGCCGAACUAUUUUUUUACAAAUUACAAAUCAUAUAUACAUUAUAUCGUAAGGUAUUUUUAAUGUCAGCGAUAUGGUUAUGAGAAUACGUUAAUCAAAAUCUCAACAAUUAAAUAUGUCUCGAAUGUACUGCAUCCGCCUCUACUUGCCUUGCGUACUUUACGUGACGUUACGUAGCUCGUCACAAGGCAGACGCAGGAACGUAACGACAUAAAUCUCGCUGUGAUGGCUGCUCCCCCCGAUACGGAGAGUUUGGAGUCUCGCAUUAACAGAGCAACCAACCCACUGAAUAGGGAAACCGACUGGAGCAGCAUCAAUGCGUUCUGUGAACAGCUCAACAAUGAUUUGGAGGGACCUCACCUGGCCACCAGGCUGCUGGCUCACAAGAUCCAAUCUCCGCAGGAGUGGGAGGCCAUGCAGGCGCUUGUGGUUCUGGAGUCAUGUAUGAAAAACUGUGGGAAACGCUUUCACAGUGAAGUGGGCAAGUUCCGCUUUCUUAAUGAGCUUAUCAAAGUAGUUUCGCCAAAGUACCUGGGUUCACGCUCACCGGAGCCGGUGAAAAAGAAGGUCUUGGAGUUGAUCUAUGGCUGGACGUUGGGGUUACCUGAUGAGGCCAAAAUUGUAGACGCCUAUCAGAUGCUAAAGAAACAAGGUAUUAUCAAACAAGACCCAGAACUUCCACCUGAUAAACUACCCAAUCUUCCUCCACCUAGACCUAAAAAUGCCAUUUUUGAAGAUGAAGAAAAGUCCAAAAUGUUGUCUCGCCUGCUGAACAGCUCGCAUCCUGAAGACUUGAAAGCCGCCAACAAACUCAUCAAGGAAAUGGUCCAAGAGGAUCAGAAGCGAGCGGAGAAGGUGUCGAAGCGCGAGGGCGCCAUCCAGGAGGUAAAGGAGAGCAUCAGUCUGCUGACUCAGCUCCUGCAGGACUACGACGCCAACACCACAAAUCAGAGCAACUCUGAGCUCUUACAGGACCUUUACCAGCGCUGCGAAAAAAUGAGACCCACACUAUUCAGAUUGGCAAGCGAUACGGAGGAUAAUGAUGAGGCUUUAGCUGAGAUUCUGCAGGCCAAUGACAGCCUGACCCAUGUCAUCAAUUUGUACAAACAGCAGGUGAAAGGAGAGAUUGUGAACAGCAACAAUGCGUUAAACGCACAAAAACAGACAGGAGUGGGGACAGCACUGCUGGAUCUGUCCGGGCUGGACACGUCGCCCCAGUCGCCCCCCUCCUUCCCGGAACUCCCCACUCCCACCGACAGCCUCAAUGCAACCUCGCAGGAGACCGGCAUAUCGCUACUCGACGAUGAGCUCAUGUCGCUCGGUUUAAGUGAAGGAACACAGACUUCUAACCCUGCCGGGGACUCCACGGCCUGGGACUCCUUCCAGUCGUCUGACAGCAUCGAUGCAGACAUCCAAGCAGCACCCAGUCUCCUCUUGAGUCCGGAACCGCCCCCCCAAUCGCACCCCGUUUCUCCCGCCUCUGAUCCCAGAGGCUCGGUACUGGAUGAACUCGACUUACUGGGAAAGACUUUGCUGCAGCAGUCCCUCCCCCCCGAAAGCCAACACGUCAAGUGGGAUAAGCAGCAGGUCAAACCAACUCUGAGAGAUCUACAGAACAAGUCGGUGUCUAAUAUUGCCCCCAAGCCCAUCCCGGUGUUCACCUCGGACCGCCCCCCAGUCCCUCUCCACUCUGUGGCCCCCAGCCUCGGCCCAACCUUUGAUCUGGCGCACACGGAGACGGCGUCUGUAGAGGAUUUGCUGGCUGAUGUUUUUGUACCCCUAGAAUCCAUUAAACCCAGCAGUCUGUUACCAGUGACUGUCUUUGACGGACACAGUCUGCGGGUUCUCUGCCACUUUGCUCGCGACGGGCCUCCAUUACGCCCCGACGUGCAGGUGGUGAUCAUCUCCAUGCUGUCUUCUGCUCCCGUGCCCGUCACCAACAUAAGCUUGCACGUCUCUGCUCACAAGUCAAUGGCGGUAAAGUUGCAGCCGCCGUCCGGAACGGACCUUCCGGCGUUCAAUCCCAUCCUUCCCACUGCCGCUGUCACGCAGAUCAUGCUGCUGGCAAACCCGGCCAAGGAGAAGGUUGAGCUGCAGUACAGAUUGAGCUUCACCUUGGGUGAACGGGAGCACAGCGAGAGCGGCACCCUUGAAAACUGGCCCGCUCCAGACACGUGGGGGAACCUAUAGCGUCGAAAUCCAACCCGACAGACUCUUGUCCACCAAACUCCGCUCUUUACAAUUAACACUCCGUACCUGCUCUGAUUUUUUUGUUUUUUUUUUUUGAUUGCGUGUUUUCCACCUUUUGCCUCCUGCUCAAGAUCUCCCAUGUGCCCCCGCACUUUGCUUUCGCCGACCGCUCCGUUUUCUCAUUCUUUUAAAGACUGCUACAAAUGAAUAACCGACAUCCACUACUGCAUGUGCACACGCGCUUCGGGUCGUCGGCCUCGAGCGCAACGUCCGACUGUGUCGAUUUUAUCCUUCACCUCUGCAUGCUCUGCCGUCAUGACACGCCAAGACAGAAAGGACAGGUUACCUCCUCAUAGUUUUUGUCAACCCAAAACUGCCGAAUCGUUGGUUUUGUCUCACGUCAAUAGAGACUUUCCUUUUUUUGUGUCAUGAAAGAAAAAAAAAAAGUACUGUGACAUUGUUGUGUAUUUUCUACCAUAUGUGCCUCUUUCUCAGUUCUGUUCAGCUUUUAGCACAUCGGAAUGGAUUUGUUCUGUAGUACAUGGUUUAGUUCUGGAUGUUGCAGUGUCACUAUAUUUAAAUAUACAUUCAUGAGGUUUUUGCCAAGAUCUCGGUUCUAGCGUGACAAAGCGGAGCUCUUGAUAUUUCACCGUGACAUGAGCAAAGUUCAAUUGAAAAUGCAUGAGUUGGUUUGCUGAUCAAAUUGUGAACCCGGCGCUUGGCGUCCAUCUCGAACUUCAUUUGAGCGCGACGGUCUUCUAGUUCAACUGCUUUGUAAAUACCAAUGUAUAUUUGACAUUGCAAAAGCAUACGCAGUGCUAAGAUAUGAUGAAGGGAUAAUAAAGAUUUUGGUGGAGGUGGGGACUAAUUUAAAGAC